UUUCCUUUAGUUGUGUUUAAGUCAAAUUUUAUAAAAUUAUGUUUUCGUUACUCUAUAAAGAAGAAUGUGCUCAUGAAGAUGGCAUUUGGUCUUGCUCUUGGGGCCGGCGCACCACACAAACAGAAACAUUAACUUCAACUAGUGGUCACGAUUCGGAAACAGAAAAAGAACCCGAUGCUGGUAAGGAUUCGCAAAAGACCGCGAAACCUUUAGCGGAUCCUGUAGAUUUUAUUGUAACCGGCGGUUUAGAUGAUUUAGUUAAAAUUUGGGAUAUUAAAGAGGACAAUUCGUUACGACUGCGUCAUCAAUUGAAGGGUCACGCUUUAGGCGUAGUGUCGAUAGCGGUUAGUAAAGAUGGCAAAACUAUUGCCAGUAGUUCGUUGGAUUCGAGUUUAUGUUUUUGGGACUCUGAAUCCGGACAGCAAAAACAUUUGUUAUCUUUUGGACCAGUGGAUUUGUGGACCGUGGCAUUUUCACCGUGCAACAAGUAUGUUAUAUCCGGAUCAAAUGAGGGCAAGAUUUCUAUGUACAAUGUGGAUACCGGAAAUGUUGAACAAGUAUUAGAUCCACAGAAUGGGAAAUUUACUUUAAGUAUAGCAUAUAGUCCCGAUGGCAAAUAUAUUGCCAGUGGGGCCAUAGAUGGCAUAAUAACUAUAUUUGACGUCGCUGCUGGUAAAGUAGCCCAAACCUUGGAAGGACAUGCAAUGCCGGUUCGUAGUUUAUGUUUUUCGCCUAACUCGCAAAUGUUACUCACUGCCUCCGAUGAUGGGCAUAUGAAAUUGUACGAUGUUACACAUUCGGAUAUGGCUGGAACUCUCUCUGGUCAUGCAUCCUGGGUUUUAUGCGUUUCAUUUUCUGAAGACGGUAAGCAUUUCGCCUCAUCUUCUAGCGAUGCGACGGUAAAAAUUUGGGAUUUUGCUGAACGUAAAUGCAUGCAUACGUUUGCCGAUCAUUGCGAUCAAGUGUGGGGCGUUAAAUAUAAUCCAACCAGUGACAAAGUAAUCUCUGUGUCUGAAGAUAAGUGCUUAAAUCUGUAUAACUGUCCGCCUAAUAUAGUAAUAUAGUAGUUUGAUAGCAUAAGU